AUGUCUUCAGCAGAACCGAAUCAACCCAAUGAUUCAAACACGGUUAAUGAUACUGCCAAUUCUGCAGUUAACUGUAACGAGAAACAAAUUAAAUUCACAUCUCCAAUGUGGCGUCAUUUCACCUAUGAAGAAGUUAAUGGAACCAAAAAGGCUGUUUGUUGUGUUAUUGAUGGUGAUGAUGUACAUUCCGAUGAAGAUGAUGAGGGACUUGAGUUUAUGCUUCAAAUUGCUUGUUAUUCACUGGAGCAUUCAGUUGAGAAGGUAGCGGAUUUCGAAAUAUAG